AUUUCUUUGUCAGUGGGCAAAUGUAAAAAAUCAGCAGGGGAUCAAAUACUUUUUCCCCUCACUGUAUUAGGGUAUAUUAUGAAAUCUUCUAACUCAUGAUAUGUAGCUUGUGUGGAUACUUUAGUAUAUGGUGGUUAGCUAGAGUCUAGACUACCUGUGUUCAGUGAUUAUUUAAUCGGGAGGUGCUGGAACAAAAAGUGAUCGAGAGAGCACCCCUCCCUCGUGCUCAAGUUUUGUUCCAGCAACUCCCGAUUCAUGGUGUAGUAGGCUAUUCUGAAUUAUUUCAUUUCUUACUGAACAGACAGCAGUAAUUCUAUAACUUUUGCAAAUGUAUUUCAAUUUAGGGAGAGGUGGAAAUGUACACAGUUGUUACCCAGAGGAGGGUCAUGCUUUUUCAAUUUCAGUCAUGGGGAAGGGGUUAGUCUUUAUUUAUUUUUAUAAUUGUUUUAUUUAGUCCAGGGGAGGUCAUGUAAUUGAUUUAAAUGUCAUAUUGCUCAGUGUUUCAGAAUUAGUAUCUCGUGUGCCUGAUGCUGCCCCUCAUCCCUGAUUCUCUGCUGGGUGUGCAAUAUCAAGUGUGCCUAGUGUGGUCUCAAUAAAAUUAUCCAUAGCCUAUACUAUAGGCCAGGGGUGGGAAAACUUUUUGGCUCGAGGGCCACAUCGGGAUUUUGAAAUUCAACGGAGGGUCACAUUUUUUGAGGGACCAAUUUUUUGUUAAAAUUAAUUUGCAGGCGUCACUACAGACCAGGGUUCGAUCCCAGGCUGUGUCACAGCUGGUCGUGACUGGGAGACCCAUGAUGUGGCGCACAAUUGGCCCAGUGUCGUCCAGGUUAGGAGAGGGUUUGGCAGGUCGAGAUUUCCUUGUACCAUUGCGCUCUAGCAACUCCUGUGGAGGGCUGGGAGCAUGCACGCUGACACGCUCGCCAGGUGUACGGUGUUUCCUCUGACACAUUGGUGCGGCUGGCUUCCGGGUUAAGCGGGUAUUGUGUCAAGAAGCAGUGCAGCUUGGCUGGGUCAUGUUUCGGAGGAUGCACGGCUCUCGACCUUCGCCUCUCCCGAGUACAUACGGGAGUUACAGCGAUGGGACAUGACUGUAACUACCAAUUUGAUACCACAAAAAUGGGGAGAAAAAAGGGUUGUCUGUUUUAACAAAACUUUUUUAUUUUUGUACUUAUGUAUUGAAUAUAGUUUUUUUGUGUUGUGUUUUUUUUAUAAGCCCUAGGGCUUCAAACCAUACUUGCACACCGUUUUUUAUUUAUUUGUUUUUAACUGUAUUGUUGUUUAUCACUUAUUUUCUUCGGUGCAAAUAAAUUCAACCUUAAGUUUUAGGUUAUGUGUUAGAGAAAAAGCCAUUUGUUAUUUAAGUCAUUGAUGAUCAGAUACUAAAGUUGUAACUGGUUCUGUUGCAACAUUUUUACAGUUGAUAGACAACUUUAGCACUGUUCCAAACUUAGACUAUCCUCUUUUUUAACAAUAGCCUUUAUAGAAAUCUAAAUGUCUGCUGUCCUGCAGAUUGCGCUCAUUCCUUGUCAUGCUCUGUUGUGGUAUUUAAAAAAAAUUCCGCUUGUCUCCAGUCAUGUAAAAUGACGUAGAAUUGCAAGAAAUGCGUUUAUAAAAGGCACAAAAAAAAUCGGACUGCAAAUAAGAUGGAUUCAUGCAGUGCUUUUAUUAUAAUGGAUAUCUUUUCAUCCUUACCCUUGUCUGCGUUGGUCUGCAAAUCCAUAAUCUUCUUGCUACUUUGCUAUGUAAUGUUUACAAAUCGAAGAACAUUUUCUAAAACUGCAUAUCUUAGGCUCUGAGCUGGGUUUCAUAAAAGCAUCGUAGCACGAAGAUACUCUUCUGUCCAUUUAGUGUCAGUGGAAUUAGGAUGAUUUUAGUGCUACGAUGCAUUUUGGGAAACCCAGCCCUGGUUUGUCAUAGGAGUGAGGGUAAAUGCAGGCAUGUUCUCUGUUAUCCACUUUGUUUUAAUUAUUAUUUUGGGUAUAGGGGAGGGUCACAAUUUUGUUUUUCAAGCGUUCAGGGAGGGUCAGGUAAAUAUAUAUUAUACUGAAGGGAGGGCCAUCCAUUUUAAUUUCAGAAGGUCCGAUUUUCUCCAGGUAUCCCUCAUUAUCAAUAACGUGCAGUCCCUUAUCAGGGGUGCUGCCGCACCUCCACCACCAUUCCCGCUGCUAUGAUUGUAUAAGGAAAUACAUGAUGAAGUGCUGCUGCACAUAGGCUAUCAGCCGUCCAGACCGAAUAUUGGUGAUAAUGUAAAUCAAGUGUUAUAAAGUGUAAAUCAGAUGUUAUGCUGCUCUGGCAUUACUGUUUAUAUUUAAACUAGUUAGCUUGCUACACACACUCCACCAGUGACUACAUUUAAAGCCAUGCAUGUUUGGAUAAUGGGCGAGCGCAAUCUCCACGAGUGCUGAGCAAUUAACCGAAAUGUCGGUUGUUUUGGGGGUUUUAAACAACUAAUUGACCAAUGUAAGUUUAAAUGAUUUGAAUUCCAUUUUGUUAGAGUUUUUUCUGUGAGCUCAAUAAAUCAGAUCAAGCCUGAACUAUGCAAGGUAGUAGGUUGUUUUAGUUUCCAACAGGCCAAUAUUCUACAUAUAUUAGCACAGAAAACAUGGUAAUUAACUAUAAUGACAAUAAUCCAUUGGGCACCUGCAUACUUGUCCGGUCUGUGUGGAGCACUGAGCUAUUACAAUAAGAACCGUGUGGAGCAGACAUGGGGUGAUUGAUACUUGGCAUUCAGUAUACAUAAAAGUUUGUCUUAUUUACUUUGAAGAACUACUAAAAUGUUGAUUUGGCAGACUGCAUAGGCAGCAGCUCUAUAGAGAUGAGAUGAUUACUUGGAAUGAAAUAAUAAAGUAAUCAAAUAAAACCUAUUUUAUUAAAGUGAAGUAAUGUGAAUACAUUAUGGUUAAUAAGUGAUAAGCAGUAAUGGGCAUCACUAACAUUUUUACUUUUAAUUGUUUUAUUCUGUUGCUACAACAUUCGACCCACAUAAUGCAUAGUGCAUUUAAUGUAUAAAAAAUAAACUGAAAUCGAAACUGACCCUACCUCAAACAACCCUAAUCGCUCAGCACUAAAACCAUACAGGGGGUGGCGAAUUUGACGUCAUCAUGACAACUAGGUGGAAGUGGGUUCAGAACAACAAUGACAAAAACUGUACAAAAAAAAAAUGUACAAAAACUGUACCACCACACAAAAGAGCACUUGGCAAGUGGGAGGGAAAAGGGGCAGGUGUUCUGGCACAGGUAGACCCAUAUUGUGCACGCGCCUGCAAAUCAGUAUUGUCAAAUAAUCUGUAGUCUAUGCUUUUGAUGCACCAGGUUUCUUUUCAGCACUUCAGCACCUGCGUGUAUGGACAGCUCCCCUCCCAUGUCUAUUUUUGAUGAACGCAAGUAGUGGGAUAGAGUGGUCUGUUGAACUGCACUGUAGCUGCAGAACCUAUUUCACCAACCUCGGAGCCCGACAAGGAUUGGACAUUGGAUCAUUUUUUGAAACUCCCAUGGAUAUUGCGAUAUACAAAAAGAAAACUGAGUGAAAGAUGGAUCAACCGAAACGCUGAAAUUGUUGUAGGCCUACUUUGGAGACGAAUACGUAAUUUUGGUUUUCAAUUAUCUUUCAUGCUGCGGCAACUGAAGAUAAAACACAUAUUUCAUUGCAUUACGGCUUAGCUGUUCAAUUGGAAUAGGCAACAUUGUAUCGGAGAGAAAGUGUACUUUGUUGCGUAUUGUGAGGAAUGCGCGCAUUCCAAGUGAGUUGAGCGUUAAACAAGGUAAGAGUGAGCAUAGUCCUGUAAUAUAUCUCACUGCAUGUUGUCAUUAUGUGGACAGAUGACUAGCCUACAUAAACGUGCUAUAGGAUACAUUGGAGUAACUUGUAUAGCCUACAUUAUAGUGGCAUAACAAUAAAUAUCCUAAUUUGUUAUAGGAGUAUAUGGUACGAAACAAUCAAUAGAAUAAAAUAUGCAAUAACCCUGCAUAUCUACGCUUCUUGUCCAUUUACUCCAUGAAAACAAACAAAUGUCUAAAAUAUAAAGGCAAAACGUUGGAAAUAUAUAGGUUUUAUACUUUCAUUUUUUUACCUUCCGUUUUCAAAGGUUAGGUAAAAGGUUUUUCGCCACACUUAAAGUUUAGAAUCCCAUUGACCCAUCCAUCAGAUUGCUGCAGUUUCCGAAUGGACCGCGACGUUUUUCCGUGCAUACACGCCACUAUAGCAAAAGCAGUGACGCCAACCGAAAUAUGUCUUCCGCAUUUAACCCAACCCCUCUGAAUCAGGUAGAUGCGGGGAGCUGCCUUACGACGUUCACGGCGCCCGGGGAGCAGUUGAUGUUGGGGGUUAACUGCCUUGCUCAAGAGUAGAACGGCUCGGGGUUUCGAUAUAGGACUUACAUUACCGCCGCUGUGCAGUGACGCCAAAAAAUAAUUCAUGAAUGUACACCGUAAACACUGAUUGAAGACCCAAGUAGGCUACUGGUGCAUGCUGGGAUGAUCGAUUUACUGCGUUAAACUUGAUCCGAAUGUCCUUCAGACACCUUCGCGUGCCGGUGCCAGGGAUUCUUCAGUGGAUGGGAGAACAACCACACCCACAAAAAAUAACUCACAUAAUUCUAUUACGUGAUUAACACCUAUUCAAGACUUCAUUUUGAAUAUGUUAACAUAUUGAGAGGAGGCAGAGUGAGGAUCAGUGUUGAAAUACUUAAUUAAUGAGAGUGAGAUGGUGAGAGAGAAAGUGUGUGUGUGUGUGUGUGUGUGUGUGUGUGUGUGUGUGUGUGUGGCAUAGGAAAGGCUUAAUUAAUGUUGAAUUAAUUAAAGUGAGAUGGUGAGAGACAAAGCGAUAGAGGGAGUGUGUGUGUGGCAUAGGACACACACACACGCUUGGUCCAAGGUCAUCUAAACUGAAAGGGGGAUAUGGUUGGGUAUUCUAAAUCAGGGAGACAGAGAGAAAGGUUGUCUUUGUGCUGCUACUUUAAGUGCAGUGCUGUGUCAAUGUUCUCAGCAUCAGUACUGGGGCCAUCAGGGAUCUGACGGGGCCGAAUUGAAGCAAGUCAUGGUCAGAAGAGGCUGAAAAUUACCAUUAUAUCAAUCUAAUGUGCCUUUCCCUGUGUUACAAACCAAGAACGAACACCAUCUCUGCAUAUGAGUCAUUACACAUGACAAUGCCCUUUGUAAAAUAUUUAUAAACUCCAAUAAUUCCCAGGGUAGGCUGACAAACGAAAUGAGCUGAUGAGGCAUCCAUUGCACCGGUCGGCCUUUUCAGCACAUUCUGGUGUGACAUUUCUCUCUGGCGAAGAGCAGAAGUCUCCCUGUCCCAAUGUCCCUGCUGUAGAAACACAUUAUCUUUCUUCUUUUUUUUUAGUAUUCACAGGGCAAUGUGUUUGGAGAGGGUGUUGACAGCUCUGGAGUGGGGUAAGUUCAGGCUCUGCAGUCCUCUACAUCGACUUUCAAGCCAAUAGUCAGCAGGCAGACGGCACAUGUAGUCUAAACAACACUGGCUUUUCUUGUUUCCAGGUUCAGUGUCAUUCCAUCUUACUCUAGGUGAACAGUUCAUGUGUUUGAGUAGUCGUCAAUAAUGUUUUGACGAUUGUUGAUUGGUGGUGUUUAAAUCUACUGCACUUGCUAAGAGAAGAUGUAUAGCCACUGUGACAUACUGUCUGAUCAUCUUAUCUCAUUUGAUAUUAUGCUGUAAGAUCAAAUGAAUGAUGAUGAAUACAGAUCAUUUAUCUGAUCAUUCUAUCAUAAUCCUAUUGCCAACCUUAUUACCUCUGAUAUGUGUGUGAUACAGUACAUGAAGUCCUCCUGGAUCAGCCUCUCACUUUGAGGCUUUGUCAUUACACUUUAAUGUGCAAAGACAUCUCGCUCCCCCACCAUGGUCCAUGCUGUUCUGUAAAUCACUGUGCCAUUAUGAAUCACAGUCCACAAACAGUGCACACAAUGAUGCUUUAUGGCACUGAUUGCAGUCCUCUGGGGCUAGGACACAACACAGGCCAGUUUAUUGUGCUCUGUGUGUGGACUGAUUUGCAUUGGCCAUAAAGUGGUAUAAAAACAGAUCCAUCAUGGUCAGAGUCAACGUGGUUAUUCACUGGUAGGUAGGCCUCUAUUACAACCCAAUUGGGGUCACUGAAUCGGAUCAGAUUGGAUCAUUGUUUUCCAAAGUAAUGAUUGCAAUGCUUCUCACCAACACUACAGCCUAUUUGAAACAGCUGGUCCUGUAUUUCUUAUUGAGCAUAUGAUUUAAUGUCUGUUUUUUCAAUACAGUGCAUUUAUCCCGAGUCCAAUUCCACACAGAGCCUUCCAUUCAAACAUACAUCCUAUGUACAUUUCCUAACAAACAUCUGUCGUGAAAAGUACAGUAUUAUCUAUAUGGCCAUUUUCCUGGUGUUCAGGACUUCAGAUAAAUAUGUUACACUGGGCAAGAGUUUAGCUGACAUGCCAAACCUGUGUCUAGCUAACAGAAUAGAGGGAUAUUUGGGAGGCCAACUAGAGCCAUAAAAACAGCAGUUAUGAGUAGGGAAGAUGCAGCGCUGGUGCGAUUACUGUGUGAGUUAUACUGCAGAGGUUUGUUAUUAGCAGGGGAGGCUGCCUCGUGUCUCAUUAGUGACAAAACAGUGUGUUGAAUACCCAUACAUCUCCACUGGCCUUCUGUGUAUAGUUGAGCAAUAACAAGCAGCGUCAUAUUCUGAUUACCAGGAGAUUACAAUAUGUUACCGUGCAAUUCUGUCAGUGGGAUAAUUGUUUAUCAUCUUGAUGCUAUUACCCACCAUGCACAAACUGGUUGAAUCAACGUUGUUUCAACUUAAUUUGUCAACGUAUUGUGAUAUGGAAAAUACAUUGGAUUUGAAAAAAGUCAUCAACUGUGGUUUUGAGGGUGAAAUUUCAGCCUCAGGAUUAUGUCAUUAUGGUAACGAAAUUUAAACAUAGACAACCCUCCUGUAAAAUAUGUUGAAUUUGUACCUUUAAAACAGCUUCAACGUAAAAAAAUCCACUGUCAGAAAACAACAAUAGGCUGGGCAGCACCUCCUACUGGAGAAUCUACCCUUUGGUCUCCCAUCCAGGGUUUUAAGGUUUUAACUAAUCCCAGCCCUGCUUAGCUAUGCUAUUUUUCACUAACUAUUACUAAUGUGAUAUCAUGAGAAUUAUUGUUGGGAGAUCUCGACUUAAAACUAAAUAGAUUCACUGUCGCUAUCGAAGUCCUUCCACAGAGUAGUUUAACAGAGCAAAUGAAAUGUGACCAUACUUUAUCAAUCAUAUAACAUCAAUGAUGCUAUUUAGGCCUGUAUAGCAUUUGAAAAGUUAUCAACAGCUAUUGUUUAAAUUAAACCCAGAAUUCAACAUAAAAUAGACAAUACAAACUUAAUUUAAAGGGCAUUUAAAGUAUGAUUUAAUUUGAUUUAGUCCUAUUCUUUACCUUUUAUUUUUUAUUGAGAUAAAGACGUGAAUCCAACAUAUCAAUAAUUAAUUUGUAGACAAACUGGAAUUAAAGCCAGACUAAGUCAGUGGCACAGAUGGAACUAUCCAUGCAGAAUAUAAAUCUCCUUCAAAUAUUGGUACAAGUUAACAAAUGAUAUGUUGGAUUCACGUCUCUAACUCAGCCAAAAAUAUAAGUUAAAGAAUAGGAUUAAGACAGUGGCUUAGAUCUAACUAUCCAAGCAGUAUAUACUGUCACACCCUGAUCUGUUUCACCUGUUCUUGUGAUUGUCUCCACCCCCUCCAGGUGUCGCCCAUCUUCCCCAUUAUCUCCUGUGUAUAUAUACCUGUGUUCUCUGUUUGUCCGUUGCCAGUUCGUCUUCUUUGUUCGAGUCAACCAGCGGUUUGUGUCUCAGCGCCUGCUUUUUCUAGUCUCUCUUUUCUUGCCCUCCCGGUUUUGACCCUUGCCUGUCCUGACUCUGAGCCCACCUGCCUGACCACCCUGCCUGACCCUGAGCCUGCCUGCUGCCCUGUACCUCUGCCCCCCUCUGGAUUACCGACCUCUACCUGAGCCUGCCUGGAGUCCGGAUGUCUGGCAACCUGUCCCUCCUGAGGCCUCCCUUAGUGGGUGCCACCAGGUCAAUGCAACCCGCCCUCUCAAACAUGUCCCAGUUUCCCCCUCUGGUUGACUGGGAGGCGCCCACCUUCACCCGAGCCGCCCAAUUCCGUGUCGGCGCCACCUUAAUCCUCUUCCUAUUUGCUGCCUGCAGCAACCUUGCGUUAUUGGUCAGUGUGUGCCGGGGGCGUGGUCGGCGCCUGGCUUCUCACUUGCGACCACUCAUCAUGAGCCUGGCCGCCGCCGACCUGAUGAUGACCUUUGUGGUGAUGCCACUGGACGCCAUUUGGAACAUCACGGUGCAGUGGUAUGGCGGAGACGCCAUGUGUAAGAUGCUGUGCUUCCUCAAGCUGUUUGCCAUGCACUCGUCAGCCUUCAUCCUGGUGGUGGUCAGUCUGGACAGGCACCACGCCAUCCUGCACCCGCUGGACUCACUCAACUCCCACCACCGGAACAAGAGGAUGCUGGGUCUGGCCUGGGGCCUCAGCGUGCUUCUGGCCUUACCACAGCUGUUCAUCUUCCGGGCCAUCAAGGCAGAGGGCGUAGACUUCACCCAGUGUGUGACCCAUGGCAGCUUCAAAGAGCGAUGGCAGGAGACGGUCUACAACAUGUUCUACUUCGUCACUCUCUACGUGUUCCCCCUGCUGGUCAUGAGCUUCUGCUACACCCGCAUCCUCAUUGAGAUCAAUCAGCAACUCCACAGGAACAAAGCUGGCGAGUCCUGCCUGAGACGCAGUGGCACAGACAUGUUCCCCAAAGCACGAAUGAAGACUCUAAAGAUGACCAUCAUCAUCGUGAUGUCCUUCGUGGUCUGCUGGACGCCCUACUACCUCCUGGGUAUCUGGUACUGGUUCCAGCCGGAAAUGCUGCAGGUCACGCCUGAAUACAUCCACCACGCCCUGUUUGUCUUCGGCAACCUGAACACAUGUUUUGACCCGGUCAUCUAUGGCUUCUACACGCCCUCGUUCCGGGCCGAUCUGGCCAUGUGCUGGUGCUAUAGAAGAAGGGACAUUAAUAUGUCGCCCAGGUCUCUGGACCGCCUGUCCGCCCACCAGGGCCCCCACAGCGGAGAGCAGGACUCUGACGCCCCCGGUGUGGAACAGACCAAAGAGACUGGAGGUGACGGUAGAUGACUGGCGCUGACAGUAAGUACAUCUGUAAGGUUGGAGGGCUGAGGGAGAGCAGACCUGGAAAUGAGCGGUACUAAGGAGUAUGUAGACCGACCUACUUAUUGUGUGAGGUGAAGACAGUGACAGGCUAAACAGCACCACCAAAAUGUCUCCCCUCUGAUUGUAAGCCCAUCUUUGACAUUUUGAGGACAUUGUUGAAGCAUGGGAAGAGGCACUUGAGUUAGGGGUCAAGCCCAACCUGAGAUAAAAGGGGAUAGAUGGAUAAAGAGACAAAACUAUCUUGGAAGUCAAGGGUUGAAGGGUUCAAAUCCUUCAGGAUUACUUUACCCAGAAAAAAACAUGUUUCUGGGCCUAAUCUACAGCGUUAAGCACCAUGGCUAAGGCAGUUCAGAGGUAGACCUAGGAGCCACCCUGAUCUUGCGAGCUUACAUGAAUGGUUUGUUGUGUCCAAGAGGUCCAGAGGGAGGCAGAACAGAAUCAAAUGGGCUGCGACACGUUUCUGCCAACGUUGCAUAUCUAGUUAUACAGCAACAGUUAAGCACAUGCCAUUCUAUUUCAAUUACUAUCAAAUGGAAAGGCAAACUCAUUUUAAGUGCUGUUCCACAACUUUCUACGAACCAUUAAAACCCUUGGCUGUCCCUUGAUAUAUAUAUAUACACCAUGCUGCUUACAGUAUGUCACACUGCUCGCUGUCUGCCUACAGGUUGCUUUUCCAUGCAACACUGUGUCCUUACAAUGCCAGGCUGCAUGAGAUGAUCUCCAUAGCCAACCAUCACUAUACAAAACUGUCAAAUUACAAACAAAUUUACAAAUGCAGUUGAUGGUACAAUAAAAUGGUUGGCCGUUUCACUCGGAAGACAGUCCAGAGAACUGUCACAUUCAGUGCAUGUCAUGGAGAAAAACAUAAUCGUACUGUAUUUACUAUUCAUGCAUUCACUUCAGCCAUUCAGGCUUGAAAACCAAAGCACAACUACAGUAUAUUAUAAUACAUUGAGUGCACAAAACAUUAGGAACACCUUCCUAAUAUUGAGUUGUACCCCGUUUUGUCCUCAGAACAGCCUCAGUUUGUCGGGGCAUGAACUCUACAAGGUUUCAAAAGCGUUCCACAGGGAUGCUGGCCAAUGCUGACUCCAAAGCAUCCCACAGUUGUGUUAAGUUGGCUGGUAGUGGAUCUCUACUCUGAAUAGAUCAUUCCAUCUCAUCCCACAGAUGCUCAAUUGGAUUGAAAUCUGGUGACUGGGCAGGACACUGCAGUGGCUGAAAUAUCUGUCAUGUUUGUGGAACCAUUCCUGGACAGUCCUAGCCUUGUGGCAUGGGUCAUACACUGCUGCCUUGAAGGGAUGCACCUGAUUGGCAUUGAUGUUCAGGUAUCCUGUGGCGUUCAAAUGUUGCUCCACUUUUAUCAAUGGGCCCAAUGUGAGCCAUGAAAACAUGGUUAACUGUAGCCCGUCUGUUGCUGCUCUACACAAUUCGUGUCAGCCUCCUCUGUCCUCUUUCAUCAAUGACCCUUUUUUGACCACUGGCCUGCCGUUGGCUGGAUGUCCUUUGGGUGGUGGACCAUUCUUGAUACACAGGAGAGAGAAACUGUUGAGCGUGAAAAACCCAGCAGCGUUGCAGUUCUUGACACACUCAAACUGGUGCGCCUGGCAUCUACUACCGUACCCCCUUCAAAGGCACUUAAAUAUUUUCCCUUGUCCAUUCACCCUCUGAAUGGCACACAUACACAACCGAUGUCUCAAAUGUCUUAAGGCUUAAAAAACAUUAUUUAACCUAUCUCUUCCCCUUCAUCUACACUGAUUGAGGUAGAUUUAACAGGUGACAUCAAUAAGGGAUCAUAGCUUUCACCUGGAUUCACCUGGUCAGUCUAUGUCAUGGGAAGAGCAGUGUUUUGUACAGUCACUGUAUAUGGCAGCAGAGUGCAGACAGGUGGAAUCAAUAAUGCAUCAAGCCCAUUAAUCUUACCAUUGUGCUAAAGGGCCAAGAAGAUACUUGUUAGUAGGGUCACAAGUAGUGGGCUAAGCCAUAGUCAUUAGGCUAUACAAAUCAAUUCUCCUGAUCCUUCUCCUGUAGCUACGGUAUGCUCUGAGGCUUGAGGCAGCCAGAUUGAUAGAGUCAUGUAAGAAGAAUAUCAUGGGAUGUCUGUCCUGGGGGUAUACACAGUACACAUACUGUAUGCCCACCUUCUUAUGGAAUGUUCUGAAUAUCAUAUACACAGAGGUAUGAAUUCACUUGGGGGUUGUUCCAUCCCACCCAAAAUAUGUAUGUUCCUGAGCUGGUAAGAGUUCUCAUAAAGGGAGAGUAUGCAACAACCUCUCCCUCAACGUGAGCAAGACAAAGGAGCUGAUCGUAGACUAUAGGAAAAGGAGGGCCGAACACGCCCCCAUUCACAUCGACGGGGCUGUAGUGGCACAGGUGGCGAGUUUCAAGUUCCUUAGUAUCCACAUCACCAACAAACUAUCAUGGUCCAAACACACCAAGACAGUCGUGAAGAGGGCACGACAAAACCUAUUCCCCCUCAGGAGA